AUGGCCACGCCGUGGGUGAAGUUACUGAUCUGCAAGGCCAACGCCGUCGAUGAUGUCGUCGCGCAACCACCGGCGCCGUCGUCCUCUUACUCUGCCUCCGGAAAGAAGCGCCUGCCGGCGUUCCUGCCGCCAUUUCUCUCCUGCGCGGACUCCGACGACGCUGACGUCCCCGGCGGGCCCGAUUUGCUUAAACCUAAAUCUGAACACGAUGCUUCUGAUUCCCUUGAUUCACCGGCGUUGCUCGAGCUCCCCCGCGGCCACCCCUCCCGCCGCGUCGUCGAAGUCAUCUUCGCUUCCAACUGGGCACCCGGCGACGGGGGCUUCCCCGGGGAGGUCGAGACGGUAUUUCGCGUCCGCAACACGCCCAGGAGCGUCGCCCGCUUCGAGGCCCACCGCGCCGCGGUACGAUCCCGGGCCGCCAGGCCCGACGACGCUCGCUGCGCCGCCGACGGGAACGAGAUGAUGCGCUUCUACUGCCGCCGCCCCUCGACAUCCUUGCGCGAUGCCGGAGUGGGGGGCAUCCGGACCUUCGCGAGGAGCGGCGAGGCCCACGAGGCCAGCGGAAGCGGGCGGCGGGCGAUGCUGGUGUGCCGAGUGAUCGCCGGCCGGGUCAGGGCCGAGUCGGAGCCCGAGAGGGCAGGCGAGUCGGUGAGUUUAGGGAAGGGGGAGCUCCUGGUGUUUGAUCCCCAUGCCAUCCUGCCUUGCUUCUUGAUCAUCUAUAAGAUUUAA